AUGGUCAGACAGCAGCGAGCUCUCCAGCAGCAGCACUUAGCGCAACAGCAGCAGCACCAUGCAGGCGGUAUACCGGUCUCGAUGCCUGCGGGUACACAGGGCCUCAACCAAGCCCAGUUAUCCGCUAUGCAGAACCCCAACAUAGGUGGCCCGGCGGUCAAUAUGAUGCACUAUCAGCAACAACAGUUACUUGCCAUGCAAGCUCAAGCCCAAGCCCAAGCCGCCGCUGCACAAGCCCAAGCCCAGGCAAACAACCAACAGGGCCAGCAUACACCGCAACAACGAGCUCCCAACGUACCUCGCGAAAGCGUCACUCCCCAACACCAACGAAUGGAUCGUAUUAUGCAAUCCAAUCGCACGAACAGACCGAGGAUUGCUGUGAAAGCCACUAUAUCUGAGGAUUUGUCAGGGAAAGAUGACCCCAAAGUUGCCAAGCUACAAUAUCUUCAGAAGAAAAAUGCAAAGCUUAACGGAUUAGAUAUCCAUUCUAAUAAAGCGCUGCCUUCAAGGAGUCGACAGCGCAGUCACGGUUUGAGUCAGAAUAUAGCGCAUGGAGGUUUGUCAAGUACAGGCUUGAUGGAGUCUUCGACGGCCACAAUCCCGGCAAAAUCGAGGACGCAACAUUAA